CGCGCGCUCGCCAGCGCCGUCAGCACUCCGUCACUAAUGUGCGCCGGAUGUUCUCCCACAACGUGUUGAAGUAAAAAUUCACGUGUGAACGUUUUUAUCUUACAGCGCAGAGUCAGAAGUUGGGUUAAAAAGGAGCAGAAUAAUCUGCUAUUUGUGUAGCUCGGAGUCAUGGGUCGGAAGUUGGAUCCCACCAACAAGGUGAAGAGAGGGCCAGGGAAAAAAGCCAAAAAGCAGCAGGGAGCAGAGACAGAGUUGGCCAAGUUUAUAGAUGAUGAUGAAAAGGGACCAAAACGCCUGUCAAGUAGAGGCAGGAAAAGAGCUGCAAAAAGAGUUCAGAAUCUGAAUAAGCCUAAGGUUUCUUCUGGGAAACAGCCUAAGAAAGGAUUCAGUGAUGAAAACAGUAAAUGGCUGACACCAGCAAAGAGGAAGCGCAAAAUUGAUGAACCGGAAAGUGAAGAUGACAGUGAUGAGCACUGGGAGCAAGAGGAAGAUGAUGAGGAGGAGGAGGAGCAGCAGCAGCAGCAGGCACAGCAAAAAAAGAAGAAGGGAGAAAUAGACCAAGGAAAGAAGUGUGCCAAAUUAGGAAUGAAAGAAGUGGAGGAGGGAGAGGAGGAGGAUGACGACGAUGAUGAUGAUGAUGAAGAAAUGGUUGAUGACUAUGGUACCCUUGAUGAUGGCAGUGGUGAGGAAGAGGCUGAAGAAGAAAGUGAUGGAGAUGAACUUCUUCCCAUCGAGCGUGCAGCCAAGAAAGAGAAAAAGCUGAAAGAAACCAUGGGCCUAGAGAGCGAUGAUGAUGAUGAAGAUGAGGAGGAGGAGGAGGAGGAACAGAAAUCGGAUGCUGACACGGAUGAGGAGGACACAGUACAGGCCAACAUUGAUGAAAUGGAUAGAUUUAGGUUACCGGGGGCAGAGGAAAGUGAGAAGGAAGGUGUCCUGCCUCUGGACCUCAAGACAAUCCAUCAAAGAAUUAAGGACAACAUCGAUGUCUUAUGUAAUUUCUCAACAAAACGGGAGGAGGGCAAAGAGAGAGCAGAGUACAUCUCUCUUCUGAAGAAGGAUCUCUGUACCUAUUACAGCUACAACACCUUCCUCAUUGAGAAAUUAAUAGACCUCUUUCCUCUUUCAGAGCUGGUUGAUUUCCUUGAGGCUAAUGAAAUUCAGAGACCUGUCACCAUUAGGACCAACACACUGAAAACAAGGAGGCGGGACCUUGCACAGGCCCUGAUCAACAGAGGAGUGAACCUGGAUCCACUGGGGAAAUGGUCUAAAGUGGGUUUGGUCAUCUAUGACUCCUCAGUACCUGUGGGUGCAACCCCAGAGUAUCUGUCUGGCCAGUACAUGCUGCAGGGUGCCUCCAGUUUUCUGCCCGUCAUGGCGCUCUCUCCACAGGAGGGAGAGUUAGUGCUGGACAUGAGCUCAGCUCCUGGAGGCAAGACCACCUAUAUGGCUCAGCUCAUGAGAAACACAGGUGUGAUUGUUGCUAAUGAUGCCAGUGCUGAAAGGUUGAAGAGUGUGGUGGGAAACAUCCACCGUCUGGGAGUCACCAACACUGUUGUCUGCAACUACGAUGGAAGACAGUUUCCAAAGGUGAUGGGCGGCUUUGACAGGGUGCUGCUUGAUGCUCCAUGCUCAGGCACAGGAGUCAUCGCUAAGGAUCCAGCUGUAAAAACCAGCAAGGACGAUGCAGACAUCCAUCGCUCAGCUCACUUACAGAAGGAGCUGAUUCUGUCUGCCAUUGACUCUGUUAAUGCAGAAUCCCCUUCAGGAGGAUAUCUGGUCUACUGCACAUGUUCAAUAAUGGUGGAGGAGAAUGAAUGGGUGGUGGACUACGCUUUGAAGAAAAGGAAUGUCAAAUUAGUUCCUACAGGACUUGACUUUGGCAAGGAAGGCUUCACCAGGUUCAAAGAACGUCGAUUCCAUCCAACUCUUAAACUAUCUCGACGCUUUUACCCUCAUUCCCAUAAUAUGGAUGGCUUCUUUGUGGCCAAGCUGAAGAAAUUCUCAAAUGUAAUUCCAUCGGCACCGGCAGGACAAGAAGACGAAAGCACGGAUGCUCCUGAGGCUACAGUUGUUACAGACUCUCCUGAAAAGAAACCACCCAAGAGUGACAAGACCAUGAAGAUUGUCCCUGGCAUAACUCAAACAAAUGGAAAAGCAGCUGGGAAAAUGGCCAAUGUCAAGCCAAAAGGCAAAAAGGACUCACCAGCUGGACCAAAAAAGGCGAAGAUUGCCAAGAUGGAUGCAGAGACUGUGAAAGGGGCAAAGGCCAAGAAACCCACAGCGAAGACAGCCGAGGAAACAAAAGCGUCAAAGGCUGACAAAAAGGAUGGAAACAGAUUUGAGAAAAAGCAGGGCAAAAACAGAAACACACCCAUGAAGGCAAAAAAAAGAUUGGGGAAGAAUAAAUUCAGACAGUUGAAGAAGAUGUUGGAAAAACAAGAAAUUGAUUGAUUGUGUGUACCAGAUUCUGUAACAGCUUUGUAAAGCUUCCUUACGGACCGAGCUCAUCUCCCUUCAACUAAAGAGUAGUCAGAUUUGUUAUCUCCUUUCAUGUCAGUCAUAUGAUUAUAAUGCUCAUGUAUAAAUGGACUGUUCAAUGAUGCUUUCUCUUGAGUUUGGCCUUGCCUUUUUUUAUUUGUAUUACAGAAUAUUCACUGUUUGUCUGUUGAAUUAAUUGCAGAGUGGGACAAAUUCUAUACAUCGUUGAAACCUAAUAAAUCUUUUAAGAUAUGUUCCUUA